ACUGCGCGUGCGUCCCCAGAAGCUCGUGCAACGUGGACUGGUGGUAGAGACAAGAAAAUAGACGGACCAUCCGAUUUACGCCGCGUUUAAAACUUCCGAACAACAGAUCCGGACAAAACCCAUCUGAGGUCCAAAUAGCACAAUAUGGCGGACGAGGCUGUCGGUCAGAUGUCGAUCAAAGAACUGUACGUGUCUGAUAAACAUGGCAGUGAUGUGAAUGGAGAUGGAUCCGAGCAGAAACCCUUUAAAACCCCACUCAAGGCACUAUUGUUUGCGGGAAAAGAACCUUUUCCAGUGAUCUAUGUGGAUUCGCAGAAUGAAGGCGAGCGUUGGGCCGUCAUCUCUAAGACUCAAAUGAAGAGCACAAAGAAGCUCUUUAAUCGAGACCAAAUGAAGAGUGAGAAAACAGACAAGAAGGAGACUGAAGAUGCUGAACGCAGAGAGAAGAAUCUGGAAGAAGCUAAAAAGAUCACCAUCGAGAAUGACCCCAGCCUUCCUGAACCCAAAACCGUAAAGAUUCAUAAACUGGAGUCGCUCCGAGAAAACAGGGUGAAGGUGUUCGGUUGGGUCCAUCGGUUACGCAGACAAGGAAAGAAUCUCCUGUUUAUUGUGCUACGUGACGGAACCGGUUUCCUGCAGUGUGUUCUCAUGGACAAACUGUGUCAGUGUUAUAAUGGACUGCUGUUGUCUACGGAGAGUACCGUCGCUCUGUACGGAACCGUGAAACCUGUUCCUGAGGGCAAACAGGCUCCGGGCGGCCAUGAGCUGCACUGUGAUUUCUGGGAGCUGAUCGGUCUGGCUCCGGCGGGAGGUGCUGAUAACCUGCUCAACGAAGAGUCUGAUGUGGACGUGCAGCUGAACAACAGGCACAUGAUGAUCCGCGGGGAAAACAUCUCCAAGAUCCUGAGAGUCCGAUCCACCGUCAUGCAGUGUUUUCGGGAUCAUUUUUUCAGCCGCGGUUACUGCGAGAUAACUCCACCCACUCUGGUGCAGACACAGGUGGAGGGCGGCUCCACCCUCUUCAGUCUCGAUUACUUCGGUGAGAACGCGUACCUGACGCAGUCGUCUCAGCUCUACCUGGAGACCUGCAUCCCUGCGCUGGGGGACACCUUCUGCAUCGCCCAGUCGUACCGGGCCGAGCAGUCGCGCACCCGCAGGCACCUGUCCGAGUACACCCACAUUGAGGCUGAGUGUCCCUUCAUGACUUAUGAAGACCUUCUGAACCGGUUGGAGGAUCUGGUGUGUGACGUGGUCGACAGGGUUCUAAAGUCUCCUGCUGCGCAACUGCUCUACGACAUCAACCCAGACUUCAAGCCUCCCAAACGUCCGUUCAAGAGGAUGAACUACCCUGACGCCAUUGUGUGGCUGAGAGAGCACAACAUCAAGAAGGAUGAUGGGACGUUUUAUGAGUUUGGAGAGGAUAUCCCAGAAGCCCCUGAGCGCCUGAUGACCGACACCAUUAAUGAGACCAUCCUGCUGUGUCGAUUCCCGGCUGAGAUCAAAUCCUUCUACAUGCAGCGCUGUCCUGAGGACCGUCGCCUCACUGAAUCGGUGGAUGUGCUGAUGCCCAACGUCGGGGAGAUCGUGGGAGGCUCCAUGCGUAUCUGGGACUCUGAUGAACUCCUGGAAGGGUAUAAGAGAGAGAACAUCGACCCCACACCCUACUACUGGUACACUGACCAGAGAAAGUUCGGCACGUGUCCUCACGGUGGAUACGGUCUGGGACUGGAGCGGUUCCUCACCUGGCUCCUGAACCGCCACCACAUCCGUGACGUCUGCCUGUAUCCGCGCUUCAUUCAGCGCUGCCGGCCUUAAAUGCACACACACACAAACACACACUGUGCCAACAUAAGACUAGGAAAUCCCAUCACUGACACUUAUUGCUGGAGACCAUAUAUUCUAAUUUCUAUAUUUUUAAAGAUCUAAUCAAAAAAUGGUUUGAAAGAUGAUUCUGUGGUGCAUUAUAUUACUGUCUGUAAAAUAAUCUGCACUGCUGUUUACUUAAAUACACAUACAUUUUUGUAGUAGAUAACAAACACAUACAGAAUGAAAGUAUAUUAAGCAACAAUAGUAACAUACCUUUUAAAAUUAUUUUUACGGUUUUCAUUAACUUUCUUAUUAGAAAAAUCAGAAAUCAGAGACAUUUUUCAUUCAAUUUAAUUUAGUAAGAGUAAGCCUUUCUUUAACUUUUUUAAUUAAAGUCUUAACUUUAUAUGCAUCUGAUUUGAUUUUGGAUUUUGGGCAAAAAGAGUCCCAGUCAACCUAAAUACAGUGGUCUCAUACACACUGUUUGGACUUUGCUCUGUUUCCCCUUAGUGUUUUGUCAUAAUUUAGUUCAGUUGUGUGCUGCUCAUUAUCAUCACUAGAAAUUAAUAAAAUCCCUGUUUAUGUUCAGUU